CUCUCUCUCUCUCUCUCUCUCUCUCUCUCUCUCUCUCUCUCCAUUGUCCAUAUGAUAAGGCUCACAAUGGAAAUCCACCACCAAAAAGAGUGGGUGUAUAUAUUUACCCUUAACCUUUUCCUCUGCUCUGCUAAUGUUAGUUGUGUCAACAAACUGUGGAGAGCACCGAGAGUUAAAAGUCCCUUGUUUCCUUCUACAAUAUGCUCUUCCUUGCAUUCACUUUGAUCAUCUGACUCGACUAGAUUUCGCUCUGGAGAACAAAUGGCCCAACAGGACGGAGGGUGGCCUCUCGGUCUGCAACCACUGAGUCUGAGAGUUGGGCUGACAAGGGGCUCGGAAUUUUCCGGUUCUUCUUCCUUCAGCACCGUAAUCACUGGUUCCCCCAGGACAUCUUCUGCUACUUCAUCAGACUUCGACGCAGAGUCCGCUGGAUCUUUCUUCCAUGGUCGGAGCAUCACGCUCGGCAGUCUAAUCGGCAUCACCAACUUUCUGGAGCAAUCUUUCAGGUCCCUUGGGAAGAGCAGGAGACAAGAGAGUUCAAAAGGAAAGAAGUCCCACAGGGCCAAGACUUUCUUCUCUCUCUGCUUAAGAGCCCAUCUUGUUAAGGAAACAGCCAGCAAUGCUCCAUCCCUCGGUCACUAUCUUGAGGUGGAGAGAACAGCCGGAGCCAGUGAUGCCCACAGAAGAACUCAAGCUUCAACCACGUAUGAGCUUGAUGAAUCAACUGAAGGCCGAUCUACUCCAGUGCCCAACACUCUCUUCUCGGAUGGCUUCAGUGUUCCUUCUCAGAUGAAUGGAGACAGCUCCUUGGUUGUGGCUCGGGCUGCUAAGGAAUCAGGAGCAUGGGUGGGUUCUGAUGAUGAGAGGAGAUGCGAUAAAGACUUAAGCCAUGCCAAUGGCUUCGUGUCUUCCUUGCUGCUUCCUUGUAUGGGUGGGCGGGCGGUCUAGACGCUGACAAGGGCUGCAUUAACACCAAAUUAAAUUGCUGGUGUGAGUUUGAUUUUCUGAAAAACAGAGUUCAGGUUUGAGUCAUUGUAUUAGCUUGAAUGACCUCAGUUUGGGAGGCUAUUAAAGAAAUAGUGGCUUGGUUUGUUCCA